UUUACCAUUCUUAUAUGCAACCUUUUUGCCUUCUCUUUUCUCUCUAUCUUCUCUUCUCUCCCUCUCAGCCCUCUUCCACCUUUAUUACUGGACAAAAGGAAACCGUUUCAGUGCUUGCACUGAUCCAUUUCUCUCUCUAUCUCUGGCUUGGUUUGUCUGUGUUUGUGUGUUUUUAUGUGUAUGCGUCCAUGAUACCAGCUUAUCGCCAUUCAGUAUCUUCUCUUAUGCCUCUGGAUCUUAAUGAAGAUCAAAACCAUCAGCUGUUCACUCCAAACCAUCAAGUUUCUUCUUCAUUUUCUUCUCUUUCAUAUCCUAUUUUCUAUAACCCGCCGGAUCAAGAUAAAAAAGGAUCAUACUACGAGGAACCAAAGCACCUACCAAGUGAUGAAGAGGGUGAGAAGAUUAUUCCUUCUAGCGGAUCAUGGGAUCAUCACUCAGUGGCUGAGAAGCACGAGAGUAGCAGUGAACACAAGAUGACAGUUUGGAAGAAAGAAGAAAGAGAUGAAAAUCUUCAAGCAGCCGAGGAUGGCUCAGUGAAGUGGAUGUCUUCAAAGAUGAGAAUGAUGAGGAAGAUGAUGGUGUCGGAUCAAACGGGUUCUGAUAUAGCAGGAAACUCUAUGCACAAGUUUGAAGAUCAAAAGCAACCAUUGUCACCGCUUGGAACUGAUAAUAGCAGCAACAAUUACUCAAACCACAGUAAUAACACUGUUAGGGUUUGUGCUGAUUGCCACACCACUAAGACCCCUCUCUGGAGGAGUGGGCCAAGAGGCCCCAAGUCACUUUGCAACGCAUGUGGGAUUCGACAAAGGAAGGCGAGACGUGCCUUGGCAGUGGCAUCGGCAAAUGGUGUUCACGUGGCAGCUGAGACAUCUGUGAAAGGAAACAAGUUAAAGAAAAAAGAGAACAAGUCCAAAAUUGUGUGUGCACCACAGAUGAAAAAGAAGCGCAAGCUUAGAACCAAGCCAUCUCAAAGUAGAAAAAAGUUAGGUUUCGAAGAUUUUGCAUUAAGCUUGAGUAACAACAUGGCUCUCCAACAAGUUUUCCCUCAGGAUGAGAAGGAGGCUGCAAUCCUGCUCAUGGCUUUGUCUUAUGGCCUAGUUCAUGGAUGAGGUUUCUCCAUUAAUAUACGCUACACCUUCACCGCUUCACUUUCAGAUCGUUAAUUAAUUAGGUUUUUGAUAUUGCUAUCUUAGGACUAUUUUAAUUAGAACAUGAUUGUGUCAGAUUAAAGGUUUGUGCUGUACGAGAAGAGAAUGUAAUAAAUUAAGUUAGUGAGAAAUGAUAAUAGGAAAGAAGAGGGAAGAAAGGGCAAUAAACUUGCAUAUGGUUGAGGGUGAUCUUAUGAACUUAAAUUAUAUAUAUGUUUGAUUUGAACAAGUAGACCACCAAAAAAUUGUGGGUCUCUUGUCAUGGAUUUCUUAUUAUCUUAACAAGUUCAAUAAAAUUUU